CUUGAUUUAUGCCCUCUCAUGAAUGUUGUGAUGACGUCGGGGAAAGAUGGAUAUGUCAAGGUAUGGAGCAACCAGAAUGAAUUAAUAAGAGAGAUGAAUUUUGCCACGCCAAUCUACGCAUCAUGUUUUGCGAAUGAACGAGGAGACAUUCUGGUUGGAUUUGGUACACACAUAUGUUCUGUUUCUUUAGUGAAUUACCUCCCUUUGGAUUACUUGAAGGAAGUCUGCAGCGUUUCAAACUUUUGUACCGAGGAUGAUGUGAGAGAACUUCCUGUAAAAUUUGAUCAUUCCAGUGAACCAUGGCUAGACAUUUGUAACUUGGCUCAUUAUUCCGUGGAUAUAGUCCAACGUCGUAGACAACGCCUAGAGGAGGAAGUCAUCGAUAAAUUUAAAAAAGCUACAAAAAAAGAGUCGGCAAAGUUUGUCAUAUUUGUGGACGGAAAAACUACCCGUGUUAUACGAAAGGACUUUGCAGACCGAUUGUUAGUGUGGGCUAAAGGGAAACAAAAGUUAAAGUUUGGUGUAAAAACUGUAGACACAGCCUCUUUAUCUACAGAUAUCAGUUCCAACGUUAAGAGAAAAGCAGCAGACAACGUUUCUCAGAAAAAGAAAAAUGAUACUCUUAGAAAGCUUUCAAGAACUGGCUCUUCAGUGAAGGAGAGAAAAAAGACGUACUUUGAUUCCGGGGGUUCGCUAGAGAUUUACCCGUCAGCAGUCGGGAAGGCUCUGAAAGAACUAAACCAGCAAAAACGACUUGGAGCAGAGGAGAUGAGGCUGCUUAAAGAACAAGAGCUCCUUAAGAGGGAUCCAAUUAUAGCUCCUGAUGGAUAUAUUCCUAACUCUGUUAUAAGGAAGAAAUUGAAAACUCACGGUGGGAAGAUUGAUGAUGCAUUAAGAAAAGAGAGACCUUUCCAAUUAAAACCUGUGCCAAAAGCCAAUCCACAGCACAUGCCAGCCUGGUGGGCUUAUGAGGAAGAAGAUAAAGAACAAUCAACUACUCAACUGGAAUAUCGUGUAAUGAAAUGGGAUGACACGCCAUCUCCAACACCCAGAUCAGUUAUAUCCUCCGUUUCAUCAGUGUCAUUGAAAAGCUUGAUAGAAUCUCCUGUGAAAAAAUAUAUUGCUGAAGGAAGAACCAAAACAAUAAGUCCGAAGUCGCCAAAAUCUAAAUCCGACGUAAAAAGUCGGACACAGUCUGUUUCUAAAAGUAGAAACGAUACUACACCGGUCGAAAAUGUGAAAAAGAUGAUAAAAGCCAAUGAUAAAAAUAGAAAAUCAGGAAAGUACACUUGGGACAGUACAUCGUCAGAAGGGCUGAGCCGCUCCAAACCAACUUCUGGUCAACGAUCAUACACAAAUCUCUCUGAAUCUUCGACAUUGAAAGCUGGAAAAACAAAGCCAGGCACACCUACAGCUUAUAAAAUGAUUUCACCAUCAUCUCUGAAGAUGACCCCUUUAAUGAAAGCUGAAGUUAAAAGUAAGAGAAUCGAGCUGUCACGUCUGGAUUAUGACUCAAGAACCUCUGGUCGUAGGUCCGGCGCUCAAAGUGAGGCCAGAGAGAAAAGUUUCAAACUUACAAAUUACGCGGUUGAUGAAGAUUCUUCAGCCAUUCAUGUUAAGGAAAGCAAGUCUGGACGGAGGUUAAAGUCACAUAUGAGUCAUGUGAUAAUACAACAGCUGUUACAGGAGGAGUGGAUGCCGGAAAUUGGCAGAGACUUUGAGCUUGGUGACAUCAUUAACAUUCUGGUGAAAGUGCUUAGCGACCAGAACAAUUCCGAUGUCUAUGACAAGGCCUGCACUUAUGUUACCAACAUGUUCCAUGAACUUGGUUUGACCGAGGAGCAGAUGGAUCAGAUUAUCGGCAAACUUGGUGUGAACUUGGACAACAGUAAUACAGCCAUCAAGAAGUUUACAUUACAGACGCUACAGAAUAUAGGACAGGGUAGAAAUGAUGUGUUAAUGCUCAUCCUGCCUAAACUUGUUGAUCAAGAUGAGAGUAUUAAAGGAGCUGCGAUCGAGGCUAUCCGUGUUCUAACUGGAGCUCAUGACAAGGAGACUUUGCUCAAUUUUCUAGAAUCAGUCGGUAUCACAUCAGCUGAAUACAGGAGCAGAGAGGACCAGGAGUACUCGUUAGCGAUGCUUGCAGAGAGGUUUGGAGAGCAUGAAGACCCAGAGGUGUUUCACCGAAUUCAGAAUUGGGUGGCGGACACCACUCCAGGACUGUUUGAUGAAGACAGAGACGAUGAUGAGUUGUGGCAAGAUUCACGAUCUCGUAAGGAACAUUCUAUCAUGUCAGAGGGCAAGUCCGUUAUAGAUAUGUACGACACGAGUGGUCGUAACACUAUGUACGCCGACCUCCCCACGACCCCUGGUUCCUAUAGCGAUAAUGAUGAACUUGUAUUUUCCCGUGAUGUCAGCAUGCACGGUGCUAAAAGUACAGGGUUAAAAUCUGAGAAGAGUCGCUUUAAUGCACGUAUGGAUUUGCUUGAUCGUGCAGGGGCGUCGGUUUACCCCGGUGAAAGAUUGGAACAGCCGACACCAUUGUCUGACUUGAUGGGAAAUGAUGUUGAUAACGCUGAAUUCAUGAUGACAAAUGACAGUCCUUUCAUGCAAGACCCGUUGCUCAAUUUCGAUGAGGAACCCGUUAAAGAUUUUGAUGAAGACCUACUUUUUAAAGAGAGAAGUGAUGUGAGUAAAGGCUCUGCGAAAAGUAGUCCCAAAUCCCUGGAUAAAUUACUACUCAAGGAGCGCACUUUGACUGAUUUGUCACUGGUUGGUCCACUGCCCAAUUUUAUGCAUAGAGACAACACAGGUAGAAAUUUUGACGAAAUCUCGACAGACAGCGCGUUUGAAAGUGCGAUAUCGGUCAGCGAAUACGAUACGUCGCACUUCUCAGAAAAGUGGACCAUGUCACACGCAGAUCAACAUAGCUCGAAACACAGCCAGAUUUCCGACGAGAACAACAUGUUUGACGUAGAACAGAUUUCGAACUUGGACUUUGAAGGUAAAAAGGAUGGCCCUCUAACCCCAAGGUCAAAAGGAGCAGCGUCUACAUUCAGAAAGAGGAUGAAGGAGACAGACGGUUUCUCAACAAUUUCUGACCGCAGCUCAUCCAGCAGAAAGUCCCGCAGAAGUGGCAGCAGACAGGACUUGUUUUCUGAGGUACAAAGUAGGGCAAGCACUGAGGGUAUGCCACUUCCCUACACGUUGCCGAGCCAGGCCCGAGACUCUGUGCUGUCUAGGACUCCUAGUGGUAAAUCACACCUCAAAAUCAGCAAGAAAAUGUCUCCCAAAGAAGACAUGCUAGUGACUUCAGAGGAGCCUGAUGAGACAUAUAUAAAAUCCCCUGAUAUCGAAGAAGAACCUGUUGAAAUAGAAGCAGAGCUUGGUCAGGUAGUCGAAAAAGCAAAAACAGUUGGCACUGAGCCAACAACUGUGUCAAUGGAUACAAACACUGGUUCAGUUGAUACACAGCUUGUAUCCAAAGGCACCCCUGCCAAUACUCCUGAAGCUCCUUUUGCCAAAAAUGAGAUGGAUUUGUUCGCACAGGAAGUGGCUGUAACCAAUGACAAUCCAUACUUAGAACCAAUCACUGAGGACAUAGAGAAUGCUUCAUUCUUAAAGACACCACGAAAUGCUGACUCGGCCAUUCCCAUGGAAAGCACUGCCAUUGAUAAAACUGGUAUGGGAAGAGCUAAUGAAGGGCAAAAACUUUCGAGGUAUUUUACAUGUGGAAUGUGAUCUGCUUUGAUCUUUGGAUUUGCUUUGAUCGUUUUUUCACACACGGCAGGCUUUAUAUGUUGUACUUUAUGUUUGUUGUUCAGUCACAUUUAUCACAAUGUCAUAUCCAUCAGUUUUCAUAUCACAUAAACAGGGC